AUGUUGCUCCUCGAAUACCACAAUCUUCUAAUCCACCAGAUCCUCACCGAGAGGUUCAACAGCCCCACCCCGGCUUCAAUCGACCAAGUCAUUCCGGACUUUGACGGCGUCAUAUACCACAUUUCUACACCGGAUGUGAAGACUAAAAUAUUGGUUUCUUUAUCGAUCAAAUGUUAUAACGACUUGAUCCGGUACGGUGCGCAGGAGGUGCUGCAGCGGGAGUAUGGCAGUUAUAUUGUCGAGCCGGAGUCUGGAUAUGACUUUUCGCUGUUGUUGGAUUUGGAGGCCUUACCUGAGGAUCAGGAACAAAAGGACGACCUCAUCCGUCGCGUUUCCCUUCUAAAACGCAAUGCCAUGGCCGCUCCCUUCGAACGCGCUUUCGACACUCAUUACACCCUCUCUGCCGAAUCCUCAAAGUUUACUUCCGAAUCCGCUCCAUCCUCGUCUGACACCGAAGUAAUGGCAAUCCAAUAUCGUGACGAAGAAGCAAUCUACAUCAAACCCUCGCACGACCGAGUAACCGUCAUCUUCUCCACCGUCUUCCGUGAAGAAACAGACCGUGUCUUUGGAAAAGUGUUUUUGCAAGAAUUCGUGGAUGCCAGACGUCGAGCUAUUCAGAAUGCUCCGCAGGUGUUGUACAGAACCGAUCCGCCGUUGGAGAUUAGAGGGUUGAAAGGAGUGGUUGAUACUGGUGCCGGGGAUGUGGGAUAUGUUACCUUUGUGCUGUUUCCCAGACAUUUGAAACCUGAUAGGAGGGAUGAGGUUAUCAGUCAUAUUCAGACCUUUAGGGAUUAUUUCCAUUAUCAUAUUAAAGCUGCUAAGGCCUAUAUGCACUCGAGAAUGAGGAAGAGAGUUAGUGAUUUCCAGAAAUACCUGAACAGAGCUAAGCCGGAGAACGCGGAUAGGGAGAGGAAGACGGCCAGCGGUCGGUCGUUUAGGGCGCAGAACUAG